AAAGAGGUAGUCAAAGAAUAUUUAUUACAUAGAAAAUCACUUAUUUAGAAUAGUAUAGAUACGUAAAUUACUGUUUUGAUGUGAAAAUUGCUUACUUCAGACAGCACGUAACCACCCUCGUUGUGUCUUGGUGUGCCUCCUAACACUGAAUUCAAGUCUCGGACAUAACACAAUGAAAGCUUUUCUUGUUUGUUUUGCCUUACUGAGAAUUAUUUUGUGCAGAGAUGAUUUCACAAUAACUUUCAUAAAAAGUUUCAUCAAGAACGAAGGAAAACCUACUCAGUUAAUCACUGCGGGGUUGUGCUGGACCAAAAGAUCAGAAGUGAGAUUGGUGAGCGAAAUUUCAAAACAUGGAGUAAUGUGGUCAUCAUCCUUCAAAUCUAAGUCCACAUACCACGACCAAAGCUUACUAUUUCUUGUAGAUUUGUAUUGUCCUACAUCAGAAAACGUACUUUUAUAUGCGACUUCACAGAAGCUUUUUCAAUUUCCUUUUCGCUGGUUGAUUCUGUCCACUGGAGGCGUUAACCCUGCUAACAUUGUUUUGGGGAAUCUGUCAAUAUUGAGUGACAGUGACUUGGUGUUAGCUGAGAAUAUUGGAGGGGAAUUUCUACUGACGGAGCUUUAUAGGCCAUCGAUGAAUCAUUCCAUACAAUCUAAACCGAGAGGUUACUACAACGGAACACUAAUUGAUGUUCGACAACACAAGGAAUUAUUCCGCCGGAGGAGAGAUCUAAUGGGCCAUCCUCUUACUAUGGCAAACGUUAUUCAGGAGAGCAAUGACACAAAGAAACACUUGCUCAAACAAGACCGACUAGACUUACAACACGAUGCAGCCCCAAAGCUUUGCUGGAUAGCAGCCACUCAUGCCUUCGAGAUGUUGAACGCUACACCUCGUUACAUCUUCAGCUACCGUUGGGGAUACAAGGUGAAUGGUCGGUGGUCUGGGAUGAUCGACGACAUCUGGUCCGGGAGAGCUGAUUUAGGAACCAACUGCUUCGCCUUUGCCGAUAGACUGGACGUGGUGGCUUACACCGACAUGGUCGCACCGCUGCGUACGCGCUUCAUAUUCCGUCAGCCACCAUUGACGAGCGUGUCCAACAUAUUCUCGCUGCCAUUCUCAACUAGCGUGUGGGUAGCUCUAGUAGCGUGCGUUGCUGCUUCUACCCUCACACUAUACCUUACCAGCAAAUGGGAGGUUACGUUGGAAAGUGGUCCAUCUCAGCUGGAUGGCAGUAUGGGGGAUGCGCUACUUCUGACAUUGAGCGCAGUUGCCCAGCAAGGUUGUUUCAUCGAACCUCGACGAGCGUCAGGUCGCAUCAUGGAGUGGUUUCUGUUCACGGCGCUGAUGGCUCUAUAUGCGGCCUAUUCUGCCAACAUCGUGGUGUUACUUCAAGCGCCUUCCAACUCCAUCCGUUCGCUGACGCAUCUCUCCGCCUCUAAGCUGACUCUCGCUGCACUGGACGUUGACUACAGUAGCUUCCUUUUCAGCGGUAAAUCCACUACAGAUGCUCGAACUACACUUUUGCAAUACAUUUUUGAAGGUUGGGAGCGCAGGCAAGAUGCAAUAGGUAUAUUCUGCGUUCUUUCUGUGUUUGAUUGUGUUAGCCACGACACAUUAUUGAGGAAAUCGGGGCAUUAUGGUGUCUCUAUCAAAUCAGGCGGCCUUAUUAAAGUAUACCUAUCUGAUAAAAUACAAAAAGUUGUUAUAAAUAAAACUGAAUUUGCUGACACCCCUUUGGUUGUGGGCGUGCCUCAAGGAUCAAUAUUAGUUGACAGAGGUAGCAAUUGUUUGGACGAGGUAAAUAGUGCUCUUUGGAAUGUUUUACAAUGGUUCACAUUAAAUAAUCUUUCGGUGAAUUCAAAGAACACUAAAUUUAUUAAAUUUUCUGUACCAAAUGGUCACAAAGAUCCUGUACACGUGACUAUUGCUAAAAAGGUGAUGCCAGAAAACGAGAAACCACAGUUUUACAGCAUCAACGAUGGUGUCGAGAGGAUAAGACUAGGUAUGUUUGCUCUGCACUCCAUCGUGGAGCCGAUAUACCGCCGCAUCGAGGACACAUUCCUGGAGACAGAGAAGUGUGACCUCACCGAGGUGGACUACAUCAACGGAUUUGACGCGUUCUUGCCGGUGCGGAAAACCUCGCCAUACUUGGAGCUGAUUAGAGUUGUUUUCAAGCAGAUCCGUGAGUCCGGCAUCCAGUCGGCCCUAAUCAAGCGUCUGCAGGUGCCAAAGCCACGGUGCUCGAACAAGAUGUCUGCCUUCAGCAGCGUCGGACUUUUAGACCUCGGCCCAGUUCUCAUCUUUAUGCUUUACGGCGCUGCUCUCUCUAUCGUUAUCCUGAUUGCCGAAAUAAUUUAUUUUAAAAUGUAA